AUGUUUGAGAUUGAACCAUCAACAGAAUUUGUGUACACGGUACAUGAUGGACAAAGGCGUUUCAUUAUUAAUCUGAGUAACAAAACAUGCAGUUGUCGUAUGUUUCAAUUAGACGAAAUCCCAUGUCCGCACGCAUGGGCUGUUAUAAAACAGAAACAUUUGGUUGUUGAUGAUUAUUGCUCUGAUUUGUUCAAGCCGGAGACAGUUGUAAAGUCAUACGAUAUUGCUGUGGAUCCUCUACCAGACGAGCGUGAAUGGAAAAUUCCAAAAGACAUCUUGGAUGAAGUGGUGUUGCCGCUGAGAUACAAAAGACCACCUGGUAGGCCAAAGAAGAGGCGUGACAAACCUUUACACGAAUUAAUGGCUGGAAAAAAGAGACAUGCUUGCAGUACUUAUGGACAACUUGAACACAACAGGCGUUCGUGCGAUUUUGAGCCUAGGAGGAAAUGA